UCAAAGGUUCAAUUUGUAGUCAUAUUCCUCGUAAUGUUAGUUUAGUUAGAACGAGUAGAAAAAAAUAUCUUGAUUAUCAAAAAAUAUCCUUUUUGCAGAUUCAUUAACAACCUUAUUGUUUUUCAUCAAGAUUCAAUCUUUUUCAAGAUUUAUCAAAAACCCAUUACUAAUCUAUACUUGGUUUUAAAUCCCAGAAGCAGAAUUCUACUUAAAAGAAUAGAUGUCAAUUUACAAGACAAAUUUCUUUGAUCCCCAAUCAGCUGCUGAAAAAGCUGUAUCUGUGAUUGGGUAUGGAUAUGAUCUCACUUGUGAUAUCCGGUUAACCGGGUGUAAACCCGGUCCAUCCGGGUCAUCCUUGAUCGAGCUUGAUGGAACUUUAACUAAGGAUCUGGUGGUUCCUGGUGGUGUAGUUGUUCCCAAUGUUUCUCCGGCGAUUAAGUGCGAUAAAGGCGAACGCACCAGGUUUCAUUCAGAUGUUCUUUCUUUUAAUCAAAUGUCUGAACAAUUUAAUCAAGACUUAUCUUUAUCGGGUAAGAUACCUUCAGGGUAUUUCAAUUCGAUGUUUGGUUAUAAAGGCUGUUGGCAAAAAGACGCGCCUAGCACGAAGAAUCUAGCUUUUGAUGGUUGGUUUAUUACAUUAUACAAUAUUGAGUUAGCUAAAGCACAUAUUGAAUUAUCCGAGAAGGUGAAGCAAGAAGUGCCGGCUUCCUGGGAUCCUACUGCUCUUGCUGAGUUUAUAGAUAAAUAUGGUACUCAUAUCGUCGUGGGAGUUAAGAUGGGGGGUAAGGAUGUAAUAUACCUAAAGCAGCUACAAAGUUCAAAUCUUGACUCAACAGAAGUGCAGAAUUUGUUAAAGCAAUUAGCAGAUGAAGAAUUGUCUGAACAUGUAGCAGAAGCUUCUGUUUCGGGCUCUGAUAAAUCACUAAAGCAAAAGGAUGAACGAUCUGUCGCUUGGGAUCUCCCUCCAAUGCUAGCAAAUCCUCUACGCCCCACUGUUGUUUCCCGAUCUAAGAAGGAUGAUCUACUAAGCAUUCAUGUUCGUCGGGGAGGUAUUGAUAAAGGUCAAAGCCACAAAAGUUGGAUUUCAACGGUAUCACAAGCACCAAAUGUCAUUUCUAUGGCCUUUGUUCCAAUCGUUGCGCUUUUAAGUGGUGUUCGUGGUAGCGGAUUUCUGAGCCACGCAAUCAAUUUGUACCUUCGAUAUAAACCACCAAUCGAGGAACUUGACCAAUUUCUUGAGUUCCAAUUGCCACGACAGUGGGCACCAGCAUAUGGCGAUCUUCCACUUGCUGCACGUCGAAAGAAAAAUCCUACUCCAUCACUCCAGUUCACAUUCUUGGGUCCCCGGCUUUAUGUCAACACUGUCAAGGUUGAUUCUGAGCACAGGCCUGUCACAGGGGUACGUUUGUACUUAGAAGGACGAAAGAGUGAUCGGCUAGCCAUCCACCUGCAGCACCUGUCUUCGGUUCCUAAGAUGCUUGAACUCUCGGACGAUUCUAGCUACAAACCUAAUGAAGAGCCAAUUGGAAAAGGUUAUCUCGAGCCCGUCAAGUGGAGCAUAUUCUCUCAUGUAUGCACAGUGCCAGUAGAGUAUAAUGAGACUCGAAUCGAUGACUCAGCUUCCAUCGUCACCAAGGCAUGGUUUGAUGUCAAAGGCGUAGGUAUGAAAAAGGUCCUCUUCCUUCGAUUAGGUUACUCAAUGGUCGGAUCUGCAAAGAUACGGCGGUCAGAAUGGGACGGGCCCUCCAUGCAUUCUCGGAAAUCGGGAUUAAUGUCAACAUUGAUGAGCACACCCUUUAGCAUGGGUCUUGCUACGCCAGAACAAAAGCCUGUGAAAGUGGAUUUGAAUUCCGCCGUCUAUCCUGAUGGUCCACCUUUAAGAGUGCCAAAAAUGUCCCAUUUUGUUGACACUAGGGAAAUGGUGAGGGGGCCAGAAGACCCGCCGGGAUAUUGGGUGGUCACUGGAGCAAAGCUAUGUGUGGAGGGUGGUAGAAUCAGGGUGAAGGUCAAGUAUUCUCUGUUGACAAUAAUGUCAGAGGACUCUAUGUUUAUGUAAAAAAGUUGUAUAGCAGUUCAAGGAUUAGGUCAUUUUGUAUUAUCAAUCAUCCUUUGUACAUGCUGCAUAACCAAUUGUACAUCUUAUAUCUCACCUAUGAUCACAGAGCAUCAAUUCAUAAGGUACAUGUUUUUCCUGCAAAAA